AUGGAGAAUGUCACUACAGUGGAUGAGUUUCUUUUACUCAGCCUGACCAGUGUUCAGGAGCUUCAGCCAGUCUUCUUUGUGAUGUUCUUAAUUAUUUACCUGAUCAACUUGGUUGGAAAUGGAGCAAUAUUAAUGAUUGUGAUUUUGGAACCCAAACUUCACUCUCCUAUGUAUUUCUUUUUGGGAAACCUUUCUUGUCUGGAUAUUUGUUAUUCUUCGGUGACACUGCCCAAGGUGCUUAUGAACCUGCUCUCCACUCGAAGGGCCAUAUCUUUCCUAGGCUGUAUCACUCAGCUACACUUCUUCCACUUUCUGGGAAGUACUGAGGCCAUCUUGCUGGCACUGAUGGCCUUUGACCGUUUUGUGGCCAUCUGCAACCCACUUCGCUACACUGUCAUCAUGAACCCGCAGCUGUGUGUCCUGUUGGCAGCUGUGACCUGGUUCUUUAGCUUCUUCAAUGCUCUGAUGCAUUCUGUCAUGACUGCACGCCUGGACUUUUGCCAUUCUCUGAAACUUAACCACUUCUUCUGUGAUGUGAAACCCCUCCUGGAACUGGCCUGUGGUAACACAGAACUCAACCAGUGGAUUCUUUCUAUUGUCACAGGGAGCGUAUCCAUGGGAGCUUUCUUCCUCACUCUCCUCUCCUACUUCUACAUUAUCGGCUUCCUUGUGUUGAAGAACAGGUCCUGCAGGAUACUCCAUAAGGCUCUGUCCACUUGUGCCUCCCAUUUUAUGGUGGUGUGUCUCUUUUAUGGACCUGUGGGUUUUACAUAUAUUCGUCCUGCUUCAGCCACAUCCAUGAGUGAGGACCAGACAGUGGCUGUCAUAUACAGUGCAGUCACCCCAGUGCUGAAUCCACUGAUAUACACCCUUAGGAAUAAAGAAAUGAAAGCCUAG